AUGAUAACACUUCUGGAGGACGAGGCGGCACUUCCCCCUUCUACCAACACAGCUUCCAUCUUAAAUAUUGAACAGAGCCAUGGACGAAGACAUCACUUUUUAAUAUUCAGUGCCCGGAUUCCUCCUAUCAAGGUCACUGCUGCAAAAACUUUUACUCCCUCCAACCGCAUUGUGGGGGGGGGCGAGGCAGAGCCGCACAAGCACGGGUUCCAGGCUGCUCUCAUGGACAGUGGCCAUUUCUUCUGCGGCGGCGGCGUCAUCAGUGACCAGUUUCUCCUGACAGUUGCUCAUUGCGUGCCGGAGAAAAGGAACGUGGAGAUGCAGGUACUUGUGGGCGGCCACAAUCUAGAGGUGAAAGAGAGCACUCGGCAAAUCAGAGAGAGCAUUUAUUCAUCCGAAUUAUUCACUCGACGAGGGCAUAGCGAGCGACAUAGCUGUUUUGAGACUGAAACAGAAGAUGUAUAUCAAUAG